AAAGGUGAAGGUGGCCUGGUUGGAGCUGCUGAGGGACAUUCAGGAGCUGUGGAGGCCCUGGGCCCUGGGCCCUGGGCCCAGCCGUCAGAAACACAACGGGCCGCUGGAAGCCUCGGCCGGGUGAGGGAGGAAGAACGGAGCUGGGGCCCGGGACUCCCUGCGCCUUGCAAGGAGCGGAAGCCGACAGGCACCCUGAGCUACACCCUGAGUCCCGGGACGGUGGGGCUCGCCAGGGCAUUGCAGGCAUGUUGUGGAAGCUGCUGAUGAGAUCCCAGCCGUGCAGGCUGUGCUCUUGCAGAAAGAUGCUGUCAGCUCCCAAACACAGGCCUUUAUUAGCAUGCUUCACCUAUACAACUGACAAUCAGUCAAACAAAGAAAACAAAAGGACGAUAGAAAAGCUCUAUAAAUUUUCAGUUGACGUCAGGAAAAUUCGCAGAUUGAAAGGAUGGGUACUUUUGGAGGAUGAAACCUAUGUUGAAGAAAUUGCAAAUAUUUUACAGCAGCUAGGUGCCGAUGAGACCGCUGUCGCCAGUAUCCUGGAACGCUGCCCUGAAGCAAUCGUCUGCAGUCCAACCGCUGUUAGCGUCCAGAGGGAGCUCUGGCAGUCGGUCUGCAAAAACGAGGACGAGUUAGUCAAGUUAAUAGAACAGUUUCCAGAAUCUUUCUUUACCGUUAAAGACCAGGAGAACCGGAAACAGAACGUUCAGUUCUUUCAAGAGCUGGGACUCAAAAAUGUGGUCAUUAGCAGAUUUUUGACAACUGCAUCUAGUAUUUUUCAUAAUCCUGUUGAGAAAAAUAAGCAAAUGAUAAGGAUUCUCCAAGAGAGUUAUCUAAAUUUAGGUGGCACUGAGGCCAAUGUGAAAGUCUGGCUACUAAAGUUAUUAAGCCAAAACCCAUUUAUUUUAUUAAAUUCUUCUGCAGCUGUAAAGGAAAUACUAGAAUUUCUCCAGGAGCAAGGUUUCACAAACUUUGAAAUUCUCCAACUUCUGUCUAAACUGAAAGGGUUUCUUUUUCAGCUUGAUCCAACAAGUAUACAGAACAGUAUUUCCUUCUCUAAAAAUGCUUUUAAAUGCACACUUCAUGACCUGAAACAAUUAGUUUUGAAGUGUCCUGCCCUUUUAUAUUAUCCUGUUGCUGUUUUGGAAGAGAGAAUUCAGGUAUUAUUGAAGGAGGGAAUUUCCAUAGCUCAGGUAAGAGAGAUGCCAAUGGUUCUUGAAUUAACACCGCAGAUAGUACAGUACAGGAUAAGGAAACUGAAUUCUUUAGGCUACAGAAUAAAGGAUGGACAUCUAGCAAAUCUAAAUGGAACAAAAAAAGAGUUUGAGGCGAACUUUGGUAAAAUUCAGGCCAAAAAAAAGCGGCCAUUAUUUAACCCUGUGGCGCCAUUAAAUAUUGAUGAGUAACUUGCUGACUGAUAUGGCUUCUUCCUGGCAAUGCGGAGUGAAACUGAAUAGCAAAUACACAUGAUUCACCAGUCUGUAGGCACCAGUAAUUUUAAGAAACUACUGGCUUCUGAGUUGUGUGUAAAGUACCUGUAAUAAUCUCCAACUCAUUUGCCAUAUGUGUGUGUCCGUGUGUGUGUGUGAUUAAUCCUUACCUGAGGAUAUGUUUAUUGCUUUUAGACAGAAAGGGAGAGAGAUAUGGAUUGGUUGCCUCCUGUACCCUGACCAAGGAUCAACCCUGCAACCUAGGUAUGUGUCCUGACCAGGAAUUGAACCUACAACCUUUUGUUGUAUGGGAUGAUGUUCCAACCAACUGAACCACCCAGCCAGGGCUCAUUUGCUAUAUUUUGAAAUAUAAAUUGCAUUUAUUUUAAGUAAAGUUGGUAAUUUGACCUUAAUCUCUAUUUUAAAAAGUCCUAUACUAUUAAAUGACACAUCAGUGUGAUAAUUUUAUAAGUGAAUCAUUUCUAGGAAACUGACAAGUGUACUCCCUUAAUUGAAGGGAGUUAAUUUAACCUCCCUUGAAUUUAAAUGUUUAAAAUCUAUAUAACACAUUUUAAUGCAGCCUUUUUCCUUACCACCAGCUCGGAAACAUCACUACUGUGGUCUGAAUUCUCUUAGUGUUAAGUGAAACAUCAGCAAAUUUCUAAUACAUUUUUUAGAGAAAGCUGAUUUUAUAUCGUUGGAAUAAAUGAGUAUCUUUCAGAAACAAGUAUGACUCAUCCAGAAAGAACAAUUAGAGCUUGCUUGUAUGGUCAGCUUGUUUAAAAUUGACCAUUUUUCUCUCCGUGAAAUGCUUUUAAGUGCAUUCACUACUUUCCCCAUUUUUGCAGAUGAGAAAACUGAAGCUUAGAGAGGUCACUCAGCUGCCAAAUGACAGAGCCCAGAUUUACUGUGAUCUGACUUCUUUUCAAACCUUGUGAAUAGAAAAAGGAUUACCUGAGUUGGCGUAAGGAAAGUCACCCCUACCUGACCUGCCAAAGGAAUGAGUACCAACAAAUUUAAGGAUUUUUAUGAAAGCUUCUCUGUAAAAUUCCUUAAAUUUGAAAUGAUUUAAUUUAUAAACAAUUGAAGUAAAUGGAGCAUUUUUUAAAACUUUUCUGAAAAUCCAGGUCUGCCUUUUAAAACAAAAUGUGUAUGAUGGUUCUAGUAGCAUUUCAAAUUUUUAUUUCUUCAUCUUGUUCCAAGAUAAACAUUACCCACAUAAAGACUGGCCCGCUCUCAGCUGUAGAGUUUGAACUUUGUGAAAGUACACAACCAAACGAUUGACUCGGACACCACCCAAACAUCUGUGUGCAUGGUCUCUUAUGCAAGAAAUUGUGAAAAAUCCAGUCCGUGUCUUCAUUCAGCCAAUGCAAGUAACCCUCACAAUUCAAACCUGGUCAGUUCUUCAAGAGAGUGAAAGAAAUCCCCCCGCAGCACCAGCUAAGUGCCAGGCACAUGGUGCCUGGGAGUACCAUUGUUUACUCUUCUACAGAUUAGGAGACUCAGGCACAGAGAGGGUUAGUUACUUACCCAAAGCCACAUGGGAAUGUUUGUUCAAGAAAAAAAUGGCAGUGCAGUGCGGGCAGGGAGAGCGGUGCAAGGUGAGGCGAGCGUUGCAGGGCCCUCUAAGGAGCAGAAUCUUGAGUGUGAUAGGAAACCCUGGGAGAAACUUCAGUUCACGCUUGUUGCCCUGACGGUGGUCAGUGGUGCUCUCUCCCUCUCUCUCUGCCAACUGUCUCAGUUCAAAAUACAUUAUACAGUCACCUUUUAGGUGACUUUCAGUUUUGGAAUGUCUAUUAGAUACAUGAGCAGAGAGGCCAGAGGCCGAUGGUGAAGUCUGGAGUUGGAGCAGUCAGGACUGGACAGGGACCUCAGGCUGUUCCUCUGGAUGAGCUUACCCAUCCUAGGAAGGGCUAACCCGGGGGAGAAGUCUGCCAGGAGGAGAGGGCAUGGCCGAUAAUGGUCGAUGCCAUGGAGAGGCCAGUGAAGACACAGACACGUGACCAAAGGAGUUGGCAAGCAGGAAAUCAUUAGGGGGCCCUAUUACCAGGAGUGACUGGUGGGCUGAGAAAAGUAAGAAGGCUACUGCAGUGGGUUGAGAGAAUAGACAAAGAGGGAGAAACGACAGUUUUUCAAGAAAUUUUGCUGUGACAUUUUUCUUUAAAGCGAGCAAACACUAAGACAUGUUUACGUGCUGACGGGGAUGACCCCCGAGAGAUGGAUGAAAGAAGGAAAACUGUAGGAUUAAUGUCCUUGAGGGAGGGAAGAAGGGCAGACUGGA